AUGGCUGAGAUCAAAGGAGAAUCCUGGCGCAGCCACGGACGGCUCUUCCUCGCUUGCGGUAUCGUCAUUUUGAGUCCCUUCCAGUAUGGUUUUGACUUUGGCAUGAUUGGCGGCUUACAGGCUAUGCGGGGCUUCUUGCAGGUGUUUGGUUACCGCACCAACAAGACGGUCACAGGAUGGAACAUAACAACAGAGAGGCAGCAGCUGAUCUCCUCACUCAUGACACUGGGCGCUUUCAUUAGCGCUGCUACCGCUGGUAUUCCUUCGACCCGCAUUGGACGUCGGAUGUGCCUGGUCAUGGCAUGUGUUACUUGCUUUGUCGCCAACAUCAUCAUGAUGACCACGGACAAUAUCGGAGCACUCUAUGCGGGGCGACUGAUUAUUGGUCUCGCAAAUGGAUACUUCAUGACGUUCUCGCAGCUUUACAUACAAGAAAGCAGUACCGCAGAGCUAAGAGGUGUAUUCCUGACCGCCUUCAACUUCUUCGUCUCCUUCGGAACACUCAUCGGUACUAUAGUCGAUUGGGCUACCGCGAAACGACCAGAUAAGACAGCCUACCUAAUUCCACUUGGGCUCAUCUAUGUUUUCCCGUUCAUUAUCAUCUGCACAAUCUGGUUCAUCCCUGAGAGCCCGCGCUGGUUGCUUUUACAGGGUCGGUUUGAAGAUGGUGUUAAGUCACUUGAGUGGCUACGACCGAAAGGCCACGACUCUCGUGCAGAGGCUUUGGCAAUUCAGACUGCCAUUGAUAAGGAAAAGGAAUCGAGCUCUGGCGUGGGAUGGCUUGACAUGUUCAGCAAUCCUGUUGACCGCCGACGAACAACACUCGCAGUCUGCGCAAUCCUGCUCCAAGCAGCAUCUGGCUCCAUGUUCAUCAUCGCGUACAAAGCAUACUUUCUCCAAAUGGCCAAGGUAUCGGACCCCUUUGCAAUGUCUAAUAUCCUAUCCGCGAUCAGCAUCUGCGCCUUCAUCGCCAAUAGCUUCAUCGUCGUACGCUAUGGCAACCGGCGCGUCCUUCUCAUGACCGGCCUUCUCGUAUGCGGUAUCGUCCAACUCAUAAUCGCCGUCGUAUACCAUAAGCAGCCUGGGAGAAAGUCCACCGGAAAAGUUACUGUGGGACUUACAGGAAUCUACAUGUUUUCCUACAACGGCAUGAUCUCCACAUACGCAUGGCUUUCAGGCGGCGAGCUCCCCACCCAACGGCUCCGAUCCCAUACAUUCGGUCUCGCGGCCUCGGCUGGCUUCGUCGGCGCGUGGCUGACUACCUUCACCGCGCCGUACUUUAUCAACCCUAUGGCCAUGAACUGGGGUCCGCGGUACGGAUUCAUUUGGUUCCCGUCUUGCGUGAUUAGCGCGACGUGGGUGUUCUUCUUUCUGCCUGAGGUCAAGAACAGGACGCUUGAGGAGAUCGACGAGAUGUUUGAGGCGAGGCUAGGGGCUAGGAAGUUUGGCACGUAUAAGUGUGUGGGUAUUGCGGCUACACUUGAUGCUGAGGCGCGGAAGAGUAUCGAGUAUGAGAAGGAGGUUACUGUGAUGAGGAGUGAGAAGGUGGCCGCUGAGAGCGCCGUGACUAGGGAUUGAGCGGAGAAGUGUAUUAAAGGCGGACACUACUUUAGUGCCGCGAAUGCCUGUAGGCUGCUGCAGACGCUUUCCUACUUAAUACUGUAAGCGUAUUCCU